UUUACAAAGGAGGAUCUGCCCCAUCUCCGAUCGGCGCUGCGCAUCCCGGAGACGUUGACAACGAACGGCUGGGUCCGGGUGUCAGGGGACGAGGCCCUCGCGAUCGGGCUGAGGAGGCUGGCCUACCCCAACCGCCUCUGCGACCUUGAGCUGAUGUUCGGCCGCCACUCCUCGACGUUGUCCAUCGUCUCGAACCAGGUGCAUCGUCACAUCGCGCACACGUUCGGUCACCUGCUGAGAGAUCUUACCGCACACAGCUGGCUCGACCCUGACCAGCUUGACGUUUUUGCGGAGGCCGUCCACAACCAGGGAGCCCCAUUAACGAACUGCUGGGGCUUUGUCGACGGUACUGCCAGGGCCAUGUGUCGGCCGACGUGGCACCAGCGGAAGUUUUUCUCGGGG